UCCGCGUCAUGCUUGGGUAUUUUCUCUGUUGACUAGCUCACGUCAAUAGAUAUUCGAAUGAAUACUCAGUCAGCCAACAGCAGCGGCAGAAACGUAAGAUUGAUGAGAUUUUACUCCUCGCUAAAUCUGAUCAUUGUUGUUAUUACUAUAACCCAGGGAUGGAGAAUGGACCGCUGGAAUUUGCAAAAUGAGGUAUGUCACAUGUGACUGGCGAUAUGGGACAAGAAGGGAGUAUACGAGUGUCAGAUGACCCUUUAUCUCCAUAUAUUACUACAUUUACAUAACAGACAUUAUUGUCUGUUGGAUAUCAACCCUGAAGAGGAAUCGUCAUGGAGUCACUAGAAACUACUGUGGAGGUGAAAUGCUCUAAAGAGGGUCUAAAAAAGACAGUUACACAGAAAAAGUGGGCAGCACCAGAGCCUACAACUGCCCAAACUAAAAUGCCCCCUUCGGCUGAUUCGGAGGGGGAGGGGUGGCACCUAUGCCCACAACCUGAGGAGGACCAGAGUAGAACCACAUGUGGUUCAACAGAAAAGUCUGACUCAGGGAACCUAAGACAAUUAGGGAAAUCACUACGCCAAUUACAGGAUCAAGCCUGCAGUCAUCCUCAUUACAAUGUAUUAACAUCAUAUCCACCACAGGAGAGACAGACAGUUCCCUUUGCAAGACAGAAAACGGCAGAUGGCUUGGUUUCUGCACUUCCGCUAUCCCAUGGCAACUGUGAAGGGCCCUCUCCUCAGAGGAGCUCCCCCAGUUUACCUGCGUCUCUUCAACACUGUUCCCAGUCAGGGAUAGAGGAGCUAUCCAAGGACGUGUGUAGUAAGAUGGAGCAGAAGCAGCAGCAGAAGCCUGGGAAGUAUGUGUGUGAUUAUUGUGGGAGGGCAUGUGCCAAACCCAGCGUACUUAAAAAGCAUAUUCGCUCACAUACUGGGGAGCGACCCUACCCCUGCGUUCCCUGCGGCUUCUCUUUCAAAACCAAGAGCAAUUUAUACAAACACAGAAAAUCUCAUGCUCACUCUGUCAAAGCUGGGACAGUGCCAAUUUCAGAACUGGGUUCUUACAAUGCCAACACAGAGGACCGGGGAUCUUUAGAAGGAGAAGGAGAGUUAUACUCUGACGCUGAGCAGAGCUCUGACACGGAUGAUGACUAUUCAUCGUUCUUGGACUCUGUUUCAGUCGAGGAACCAGAUAGCACCACUGCUGUAAGAGUACUGCAUCUCGUUGCCCAGAAACAGGGAGUUACAUCGACAUUAUCUGAGGAGCGUUCAGCCAGGCUCCCGGAGAUCAAUGAUGCUCAAGCUCCAGCCGUUUCUCAGGUCAGUCGUGCAAUUCAAUCCAGCGCCAUCAAGCAGCGACUGGCACUCCGGCUCUCAGAGAAAAGGAGCAGUGACACUGACACAUCUCUCUCCCUGCCUAGCCAGGGAAGCAAAGGCAGCACAGACUCAGGCUACUUCUCACGCUCCGAGAGCGCAGAACACCAAACGGGUGGUCCUCCCAACACAAAUGCCAAGUCCUAUCAAGAGAUUAUGUUUGGGAAGUGUUACAAACCGAACCCGAAACAGGCCAUAACUGUUGUGACUUGCACUACAGACUUAAUAAGUGAUCGUAAGUCUUCAGAGCGAGGUGUUUCCCGCGUGUUCACACAAGAAAAGGAAUCAAUGAUAGAAUCGAUCAGAAUAAACACACAUUCAUUUACAAGGGAAGAAAUGAAAGAGGCUCAACUAGAGCUCUCUGAUUCUGGGCAGCUGGUGCGGAGCAACUCGAUGCCCACGUCCUCAGCUUCGUGUCUGGACAUGCCACAAGGCCUGCGAGGCAGCCACUCCUUUGAUGAGAGGGCGUCCCCUGGAGGUAUUAGGAGACUUAGGCGACAGGCUGCCUUUGAACACUCUGCACACGAUGGACACACAGAACUUCCUGACCACUAUGGAAACAUCUCUGAAAUUUCCAACCUUGGAGUAGAGAUGGAAUUUGCGACGAGGAAACGGCGGAAGGAAAAAUGUAUUAGGGAGGAGGAGGAUGCAGCAAGCCAGUAUCACACAGACUACGACCACUCUGAAGAGAUGAGGGACUAUGAUUCAAAGCAAGCCUCUCAAGGUGCUCUAACCACUACUCCUUCAGUGAAAGUACAUGCCCAAAGCGUGAAUACACAGGAUAGAGUACAGUGUGAUAGACUGCACAUGGAAAUGUUGGAAGACACCUCAGAGAAGAGAACUUUAGGUAAUGUCAUCUCUGUGAUUCAACACACAAACUCCCUAAGCAAGUCUCACUCUGACGAGUCUUACAACUACCAGAGACGGGAAAAGCCUUCCUCAAUGGAAGUGGUGGAGCAAACCGAAACUCGAGAUAAAAGGACUGAGAUCUUUGCACACCAAUUGAGUGACAGUAGAUUGUUAGAUCAAUCAUAUCAAAUGACACCUAAGCUAGUCCGCCAGUCCAACAUACAGGUCCCAGAGAUCAGGGUGACUGUAGAACCUGACAGUCCAGAGAAAGAGAAAGCAGCUGAGGUGAAACAGGUGAAGGCGAAGGAGCCCGAUAGAUAUGUAGAGGAGUUCCAAUGGCCUCAGAGGAGUGAAACCCUGUCUCAGUUCCCCCCAGAAAAACUCCCUCCAAAGAAGAAGAGACUCCGCUUAGCUGACUUGGAGCACUCUUCUGGUGAGUCUAGCUUCGAGUCGGCCUGUACGAGCCUCUCCCGAAGCCCUAGUCAGGAUAGCAACCUAUCCUACUGCUCCAGCUUCUCGUUUGACCGAGAAGAGAGAGAGCGAGAGUUUAUCCCCAAGCCAGCUUCCCUGGCAGCUAGACAGGAUGAGUUUGGAAAAGCGUUGGAGUUCUUAGCGGUGCCAGGAAGCGCCCACUCCCUCUCUGUCCUGAACCAGCGUCAACAACAUGAAAUGAGACGCUCCUCUUCAGAACAGGCACCAUGCAACUCUCAGCGCAGAGAGCUCCCAGAGGUCCGAAGCGUAUCAUUUGACUACGGCAGUCUCUCUCCAAUGGCCAAAGUUAGACAUGCAGAACUCGGCGCCAGUUACUCAGAACCCAGACGGGGUAACUUGGUAAGACAGGCGUCCUUGAAUGUUGACCCUGAAUUUACACAUCCAGUCCUUCCGCUAAAUAUUCUUCCUCAGUACCUCAGCAAUGCCCUGUCGUUCUCAACCACUUCUCUGCUCUCGCAGUCUCUGCCAAUGUUUGCCCCUCAGCCACCACACUCCGGUCUCUUAGUUCCUGUUAGAAUACAGGCUCACGUGCCGUCUUACGGUAGCAUUACAUACACCACUGUGUCACAGGUUGUAGACGAUCCAUACGAAAACUCUCUCACUUCUCACUUUGCACAUUUAUCCACAAAUUUAGAUGCAUUAUUAGGACACCCCCGAGGACUGUUGACCAACCCAGCCCAGAUUCAAGUUCUAGAUCUGUCACCAGCUAAGUUUAAGACAGGCAUCCCUCUAACCCUGACCUCCAGGACUAUCUCCACCACCAACUGUGGAUCCAGUGGUGGAUCCAACAAGCGCAUGCUAUCUCCGGCCAGCAGCUUGGACCUGUUAAUGGAGGUCAAACAGCAGAAACGUGUCAAAGAGGAGAAAAUGUACGGUGAGAUAGUGGAGGAGUUGGGCGCUGUGGAGUUAGGGAACUGUAAUGUGACCGAAGAGAGCAAGUACAGUUUAAAGACAGAGUUUAAAAGUGACACCAACCAGGGAGCAUCACUGUCAGGCCUUUCUUCUAUAUCCUCUUUGUCUGUGUCAUCCUCACAUCAUUCUCAAGACGCCCGAGCAAGUGGAAGCUUCAUCUCACCUCAGCAACAAGGGUCAGAAUGUUCUGAUUCCCCUAUGGACAACUCCUCAACCGAAACAAGCCUACAUCCACCCUCUCUGAUGUCUCUAAAUGAUUUCAAAGAGUCUGGCAUGGACUGCAAGGCACAGAUGGAAAUGAUGGUGCAGUUAGUCAAAGGUCAGGGCAUCCUCAUCUCUGACGGUGAAAACACCAAACUGAUAUCUCAGUUUCCAAGUCUUCGCACAACGACAGUUGUGAGUUGGUGCUAUCUGAACUACACCAAGCCGAACAGCACUCCCGACACUUCUCCUAUGUCCUCUGUGUACACUACGUGGUGCGUCAGUUCCCAUAACCCCAACCCUCCUAACCUCAACACCAGUGCAACCCUGGCUCUGCUCCGCUCCAAACAGAAGACUAACACAUGGGUGUACACCAUGGCUGCCAUGUACCAACCUGGGACUGGGAAACUGGUCUCCUCCUCACUCUUAUGGAGGCAGAGGCUUGAGCUGCUACAGAGCAAACCGGAGCUCAAAGAGCUGGAUGUGAUCUGCCAUGGAAGGAAAGUGAAGGAUGCCAGCUGCAGGGUAAAAGCAGCGAAGGAGGACUGGAAAGACCUGGAGGUCUCCUCGAAACAAACAGCAGCGCUAACACCAACGCCAACCCAGAUCAAAAUCUUUGAAGGAGGGUUCAAGUCUAAUGAGGACUAUGUGUACGUGAGGGGCAGAGGCCGGGGAAAGUAUAUCUGUGAGGAGUGUGGCAUCCGCUGUAAGAAACCUAGUAUGCUGAAGAAACACAUACGCACCCACACUGACGUCAGACCCUACGUCUGCAGGGUCUGCAACUUCGCUUUCAAAACGAAAGGAAACCUGACCAAGCAUAUGAAGUCAAAGGCUCACAUGAAGAAGUGUCUUGAGCUUGGUGUGUCAGUCACAGUGGAUGAUACAGACACACAGGAAUCUGAUGACAUCCAGCAAGACUCGAAGACCGGGAUCUUGAGCACAGCCAAACACCAGUUCUCAGACGCAGACGACUCCGAUGGCAUGGAUGAAGAGAUAGAUGACAUCGACGAAGAUGACGAUGAUGAUUACGACGGUGGCUCCACUCCAAAGAUCCGCUCCCGGAGCACCAGCCCUCAGCCCUGUGACAUAGCCUCUCCGUCGGUCACCGCUACCACCGUCACCCAGGUUGUGUCGUCAGCUCUCCAUGGCUGUACCCUCAGUACCUUCCGUUCUCUCCCCAGCUGCCUCACCAACUCCAUCGUGCCUCCAUCGUGCCAUCCCCAUACCUCCAUCUCAGGCAAGAGGACAGGGCCAGACCGGAGGACUGUCUUGGCCUCCAGCCUGGACAAGGAGCAGAGUGAGAGAGCGAGGCUUGUGGAGGAGGACUGUAGCCUGGCCAUGCUGUCUCCUGACCAGGGAUGUCUGUUCACCGGUCUGCUGUCCACUGGCUGGGAGUCCCCUCUGAGGGAACCGUCCCCCUCCCAGCUCCGCUACCCAUCACCCCGUAGAGACCUCUCUCCCCGGGGUCGCUCCUCACCUCGAUGGGACACCUCCCAGCUGAGGCCCAGCUCCCCCAACGUCACCCCCAUCCAGCACCUCUCCCCGGCCUGCAUGGAGAGGCCCAUGUCCCCAGGCGGAGUGGACCUGCCUGGGAGGAGGGAGCCAUCGGCCCGGGGCAGACAGAGGGUGGUGCUGAGGGCUGUGUCUCCACGUAGAGGGGGCUCGCAACACAGAGGGUCUGGCGAUAAAUCCAUGCAACAAGCCAAGGCUGAACUUGUCCACAAGGGAGGAUCCAUUGAAAUGGAUUUGGAUCAGAGGAGAAGCACGCUCCCCAACCUGCCUGGUCCCUCCAGCUCCAGUUGUACCCAUCAUAACGUCCUCAGCCACCUUCCCCUACACUCCCAGCAGCAGGCUCGAACUCUUCUCCCCAUGGUCCCUAUCGGGGGGAUCCAGGUACUGCGCUCUUUGCCCUCCUGCAGCUCUGACCGGACCCAUCUGUCAGCCCUGUCCCAUCAGAAGACUGAGCUCCACCAGGACAGCAAUAAGGAGGGAUCUGCCUGUGUGGCGGGCCCAGGUGCAGAGGACACAGUAGCCCAGCAGCAGGAGAAGGAGCGGGAAAGGGAGAGGCCGUCCCCCCACCAGACACCCUGGGACUCUGAGGAGGAGAAAGAUCCUGUCUCUGUCCUCACGGUCAGGGACCCUAAGCAGGAAGAGGGUCUUCAGACCUGCACCAAGGCCAUCGCCUCCCUCAGGAUCACUUCUGAGGAGCAUCUAUAGACUGGGGUUGCAUAGGGCUCUGGUCAAAAGUAAUGCACUCUAUAGGGAAUAGGGUACCAUUUGGGACAUACACUACAUGACCAA